CCACCCGAGGACAUACAACAUGCUCCUGCUGAGACUUUCCUGACCUUCGUCUCCUGUAGACCAGGAUCACAGCUGAAACAGGACAGGUAGGACGCCGGUUUGGAUCUGCACGUACAGCAAGUACAGCUACAAAUACGAAGGACAGUUUUAACAUUUUAAUUUUACGUUGUAAUGAGCCCAUGUAUAAAUGGAGGACUUUGAGUACAGUGUGGAGAUCUCUGACCGCGACUGGCAGUGCUUCUUUGCAGAAUGCGAAGAGUGCAAUAUUCUUCCUCCUUCGCUAGCAGGUUUGGAUGAUUCGGGCAUGAGUGACAUUGACGACGCGGGGUCCAUUCUCGCUAAGAAGGCUCAGAGAGAGGACCCAACGGCAGGCCUUUCAGUGGCCGAACGACCCAUCGACGGCCCACCAGACUGUGAGGGCACUCCUGUGGAGCAUUACCUCAGUGAGCACGGCAUCGGUGGAAUGGAGAACGUCCUCUCGGGCAGUGAGGAGGACAUACACUUGCAGACGGUCAACAUGUUCUUUGAAAGGCUGAAAAGUCUCACCGAGGCCGAGCCAAGCCAAGGGAGACUUGGAAAAAGCAGCAAGGAGGAGCAGUGCAACGAUGGGCAACAAGCCAGUGGGAGCGUCUCACCAAAAAACAUCCCAAAGUCAAACUCUCUGCCCGACACGGCUGAAAAAACAGCUGGCCAACAGAACGUCAGGCCUGUAGACACCACCAGGAAUUUAAACACAAUGAAAAAGUUCCACAGUUUUCCCGAACCUACAGCUGCAGUGCUCUCGACUAACAAACCAGCUGUAAUAGAGUUAUUCAUCAGAGAGGAAGGCAGCACAGAAACCAGAAUAAAUGAGGCAACACAGCAGAAUCAUUCUCACGACUCGGCGGUCAGAGUUAGCGCAGGAACAACUCCCCACGAUAACAGCGUGGAGACACGCACGACUCCGGAUGACAACAAGCUGGGAGGCGUGUUAACGAGUCAGUUUAUUUUAACUAAAGAUGUCAUCAGUAAUCCAGAAGUGGUGACAAAUGUUUCGGGGAGGGACGAGCACCCCACUCACCUAUUACGAUUAGACGCAACAAGUACAAACAAAGCACGGAGUCAGGAGUCGUCCCCGUCUGCCUCUGUUAAAAGGAAGAGGAGAAAGAAGCGACGGCUGAGUAUGGAGCCGGGCGAGAGCGGGCAUGGAUACGAGAGGCCGAUCAGUGACUCAGAGGAGGAGCGGUAUUCCUUAAGAGGAGCCUCGUUUGAUGACAUCAAUUCGUUUUAUCCAAGUGAACCACAACAAAACUUCACGCCUCCUCUAAGUCCAUUUUCUACCUCCAGCAAUUUCCCACUGAAUGUAUCUGAUAAGGAUAUGAAAGUAAAUCACCUUUUCAGCUCUGCCCUUUCACGCGACGGUAAAUAUCAAAAUUUGCCAGAGUGUGUAGUUAGACAGAAAAAGUAUAUGGGAUCAGAAAAUACUUUAACUAAUAGUAGGUCAGUGACCCCAAUGGGUCACACUGAUGUUAAUGAAGACAGAAGUGAUAAUGUAGAAACCAGUGUACAACCACCCUGCAAGAUACAGGUAGAAGAAUCAGCUGGACUCAAGGAAUACCCUGAUAAAUGUUCACUUACCGAAUGUGUAACUGUUAAAUCAGACUUGACCAGAGAAAUACAAAGACAGGACAUUAAAUCAGAUUGUCUCGAGCAGUCUGAUCAAAUAAACCACUCUGAUAUCGGAUGUGAAAGUGAAAAAUGUCGUGCAGCAGAGGUCAAAUCUAUAACUCACAGCGUUUUACAAGAAUCAAAUGCUCCUGCCGUGGAGGUCGGCCAGAAUGACAGACUAUCCACUGCUAAGUCAGUAUUGGCUGAAGAGGCUGGAAAUUCUGGCAGAGACGAGCGCACACUGCGUCAAAAUGAGGCUGAGCCCCGACAGCAGUUGGAAACUGAGUGUCACAGCGCAGGCCAAUAUAGCUCUACACUAGAAAUUACUCAGUUUCCUCCGUCUGCAACUCCAGGAAUCGCUUGUGAUGCUAUUAACACAAAACCCAAGCGUUUCAAACCCACAGUCGGUCCAUUUCUAGAUGAGGUCAGUAAUGAAGUGGCCCAACCCAGUUUAACGUCAAUUGAUUGUAUCAAUUCAUCAUCUGAUAAAAGUCAUCUUCUCAAAAGUCUGUACAGUUCGGAAAUAAAUCACACGGCAGAGCAAAAUGAACGUCCUGCGGAGGUUCAAACUUCAUCUGAAUUAGAGAUUAGUUCAUCAGAGAUCGAUACAAACGCUGAAAGAGAUGAGUUAGAAGCGUCAACAGAAACUAAAUCAUCCCUGUCUGACUUACUGACAAGCCAUUCAGAUAUCACACAUGUAUCAUCGUGCUGCACACUGGACACAGAAUCUGUCACUUCGCUGUCUAACGGAAAUUUCACAGACAUGUCAACAAGUUUCUGUUCAUCCGUUAGUGAACAGGAGACUGGAGGUAAAGGAGAGAGUAAAGAGAUAAUCGUAGCAAAACAAAAGGACGAGACGGACUCCCAAGGAGGAGACUCCACGUCUGGGCCCAGAAGCCACCCAGAAUCCAAAUGUGAUUUACUGGCUGGAGCAGAAGAAGCCGUCACAACCUCCAAAGCUGAACCCAAACCUGAAAAGGCGCUGAAUUCAGUGUUUGCCAUGUCCUCUUUUUGGAAUGAGAUGGAGAAGCUGACCAUAAAUGACAUUCUGGGUCUAAGAAUGAGCAGCAAAACUCCUCCGCCCUGCUCCCUCCCGCCUUUACAGGAAAGGGAGGAGGCCGACACGACAGAUUCAAGCGGUCUUACUCAAAUAAAUGAGUCCAAGCCCGAGCCAAUCGGCAAGGACUCCUCCUCCAGUGUCCCUGAUCCUGGAGGAUCAAGUCUGGAUUCUGUUAUCGCAGUCAAUCCUUCCUCUUCAAGAGGCGUCAUGUGGGAGAGUGAACCUGUCCCAGAUAUUUACCCAGAGAAUAUGAUGCUGACGUCUGUGACUGACGCUUCCCAACCUGUGCUCUCGGAAACGACUCAAACGCGCCUCAGGAAGAUUUCCAAAAAUGUCAGCGUGCGCAAUUUACAUGCCUUGGAUUCUGAGUCUUUCGGCCACGCACGGAAAUGUGAAGCUUUACAAGCUUUAGAUGAAGGAGACUCAGAAAAAGUAGAAUAUUUCGAUGAGGGAUCUGUACCUCGGCAAGACAAAGGCGUAGACUCCUCCUCUUUGUAUGACAGCUACAGAAUCUCUCUCAGUGAUAUAUUUCAGUACCUGUUUGGAGGAAAACAAUCUGUUCCCAGCCCACCGCCUACAGAUAACACAACCCCUGUCUACAUUGAUGGAACGUCAGUCCCUGAAACGUAUGAGCAUUUUUUCUCAGAAUUUGAUACAGAAAGCUUCUUCUACCCCCUCACCACAUCUGAUGAUAAGGACAAAGACAAGCGUAUUCCUAUUUUUUCCUGCUCCCGCGCAGCUAACAGAAAUCUUCAGUACCCAGAGGCUUAUGAUUACUUCUUUGCGUCCUCCUCAUCUGACGAUUCCUCUCCAGAGUCUGAUGAUGAAGACAGCCACGGUCCUGUUAGGGUGGUCACCAGGUUCACCCGUAAAGCGAGCUCAACUCACAUUUCUGGAGACAUAUAUGAGAAUUUCUUCACAGAUAGCGACCUCAGGCAGGAUCUCUUCUGGAAAACAACUUUCUCCUUCAGGAACAUCAAUUUAACAGCAUCUACAGUUCAGAGGGAGGGUUCUGACUCUCUGUCCCUUGUGUCUGUGAGACAAAGCAGCACAUACCACCAGAGGAGGGUUCCCCUCAACGCACUGGGAAAUCAAGACGUGAUGCUUCCCGAUCCACUGCUCUACUACCUGGAGGAGAGGAUCUCGAAGCAACUAGCACAGCAGCCUUUCAGAUACGAAGACUUACAGACGAUCGUUUCAAAUCCGAGGUUAGAUGCUUCGUUCCUGCCGCUCAGACAGUCGGACAUGUGUCUGGUUUGUAUUGCGUUCGCUUCGUGGGUGCUGAAGACGGCAAACCCACAAGUUGGAGACGCUUGGAAGGCUGUUCUGCUGGCGAAUGUAAGCGCUCUGUCAGCCAUCCGAUACCUGCGCAGGUACGUCAAAGUUGAGGCGGUGGCCAGUGAAACCAAACUGCGGCAGCUCGCAUUGUGUGACUCUUGAUCUUUUCUGCCUCUCAAUACAUCAUUGUUUGACUGAUGGUAAGUUUUUCCACGAAGACCUGACGAGUCCUUCAAGGAACGUGUUGAUCUUUGGACUUUCUAUAGAAAUUAAAAUAUAUAUUUUCUAUAUUUAAUUUAGUUAUUUUGAUCCUUGCUUCUAUCAUGGGUGACUCUUUGACUCCUCAACAUCUGAAAGCAUUCAUAUUAACUGUAAAAAAAAAAAAAAAAAAAAAAAAAAAGACCAAAGGCAAGAUGAGACAUGUUAAUUCUUCUGAAAGGAGGCUUUAGACAUUUGCACAUAAUGUUUCAGUAAGUGCUGAAAAGAGAUUAGAGUCAGGUUUACUCAGAGCUGUGCAGACAUGAGACGAUAGACGGAUGUGUGAUAAAUGGAUUAAGUUGAAGAAGAAUUUGGGAUGGAGCCUGUCUGUUUCCAUUGCCGACUUUUAUGUAGCAAAUGCAUAUAUAAAAAGCAAAAAAUUUUACUUUAUUGUAAUUAAUUAACUUUGUGGGGUGACAUCUGUUACAAUAUUCAACGUAGCAACAGCAAUCUUGAAAAGGUUGAAUUAAUUCUGGGGACAGUAUUCUGUGCCAGUAUAAACUGUGAAGGGCAUUUUAUUUUCAUCAUAGAUCACUUGUUGAUGACUGUAAAUUAUUGUAAAUGUUGCACUGAGCCAUUGAUGUCUCUCAGUUCAACUACAGUAAAGAGGAUCUUUGA